GACAUCUACUACCCAAUAAUUGCUCGUCACUAUCCCUUUUUUUCUCCUUAACGUUCUCUAUCACUAUCAUGGCCGUCGUUGGUAUCGAUUUUGGUACUCUCCAUAGCAAGAUCGGUGUCGCUAGACAUCGCGGGAUAGAUAUAAUCACGAAUGAAGUGUCUAAUCGUCAAACUCCAUCUCUCGUCGCCUUUGGGCCAAAACAGCGUUCCAUCGGUGAGCCUGCAAAGACCCAGGAGACAUCCAACUUUAAGAACACCGUCGGAUCCCUCAAACGGCUGGUCGGACGGACAUUGAACGACCCACAAGUGCAGGAUGUCGAGAAAAAGUUUAUCAAUGCUAAAUUGGUCGAUGUGAACGGGACUGUUGGUACCGAGGUCACUUAUCUCGGUGAAAAAGCCACCUUCUCGUAUACGCAGCUUGUCGCGAUGUAUUUCGGCAAGCUGCGCGAUACGGCUGCCAAUGAACUCAAGACCGGCGUCACCGAUGUCGUGAUCGCCGUGCCGGGAUGGUAUACCGACGUCCAGCGUCGUGCGGUUCUAGAUUCUGCAUCCAUUGCAGGACUUAAUACCCUCCGACUCAUCAACGACACCACUGCCACUGCCCUCGGAUAUGGAAUCACAAAGUCCGAUCUCCCAGAAGCAGAGAACCCUCGCCAUGUUAUCUUUGUUGACGUUGGCCAUGCUGGAUUGUCGGUUGCCGUUGUUGCCUUUUCCAAAGGCCAACUUGUCGUCAAGAGCACGGCCUAUGACCGUAAUCUUGGUGGUCGUGACAUUGACUAUGCCUUGGUCCAGCACUUUGCACAAGAGUUCACGGCCAAGUACAAGAUCGAUGUUAUGUCGAGUCCCAAGGCCAUCUUCCGGCUUUCAGCUGGUUGUGAGAAGCUCAAGAAAGUUCUGUCCGCCAAUAGCGAAUCGCCUCUGAAUGUCGAGUCCAUCGUGACCGACGUUGAUGCUUCAUCCAAACUCUCCCGCGAACAGCUCGAAGAGUUCAUUGCCCCCGUUACCGAUCGCAUCAUCGCCCCCCUUCAGCGCGCUCUCGCAGACUCUGGCCUCACCUUGGACCAGAUUGACGCGAUCGAGCUCAUCGGUGGCACCACCCGUGUCCCCGCCGUCCGCCAACGUAUCCAAGAAGCUUUCCCUGGUAAAUUCCUUUCCACCACCCUCAACCAGGACGAGGCCAUUGCCCGCGGAGCCACUUUUGCCUGCGCCAUGCUCUCCCCCGUCUUCCGCGUCCGCGACUUCCAUGUGUCCGACAUUAACCACUUCCCCAUCAAAGUCCAAUGGACCGCCACACCCACCGAUCCAGACGACGACACGGAACUCGUCGUGUUCCCCCAGGGCAACAGCAUUCCUUCGACCAAGGUGCUCUCGUUCUACCGCAAGGAGCCUUUCAACAUUGAGUCUGUUUAUGCGCAGCCUGAGCUUCUUCCUGGUGGGAUCAGUCCAUGGAUUGCCAAUUUUACUGCCAAGGAGGUGCCUCCUACAGCUAAUGGUGACGCUACCUGCGUGAAGCUGAAGACGAGGUUGAACCUCCAUGGUGUUAUGUCAUUCGCGGGUGCGUAUGUUGAGGAAGUCGAGGAGAAGGAGGAGGCUAUGGACGUGGACGCUCCUGCUGAGGGCGCUGCUCCCCCCAAGAAGAAGAGGAUUGUGAAGAAGACGGAGAUUCCGUUCGUUGCUACCAACACUUCUUUGGACAAGUCGGUUGUGGAAGCGCUCCGGGAGCAGGAGAACCAGAUGCACGCUGCUGAUAAGCUUGUGUAUGAUACCGAGGAUCGCAAAAACGCUCUUGAGGAGUACGUCUAUGACACGCGAAGCAAGCUCGAUGACCGUUAUGCUCCAUACGUUCAAGCAGAAGAGAAAUCCAAGCUCCUCGUCGCACUCAAAGAAGCCGAGGACUGGCUGUACACCGAAGAAGGCGAAGAAGCCACUAAAUCCGCCUACGUCACCCGGCUCGACGCACUCAAAGUCCUCGGCGACCCCAUCACCUUCCGCUACAAGGAAUCCGACGACCGCCUAAAAGCCAUCGCACAGCUGCGCGAGACACUAAACAACUACAUGUCCCAAGCCACCUCAUCCGACGAAAAGUUGGCGCACAUUGACGAAAAGGACAAGCAAGCCGUCGUCGAAAAGGUGGCGACUGUGCAAAAGUGGCUCGAGGACCAGAAUAUCAGGCAAUCUGAGAGGCCGAAGAAUGUUGAUCCUGUUUUGACGAGCGCGGAGAUUGGGAAGAAGAGGGAUGAGGUUAUUUAUUUCGCUACUCCCAUCUUGACAAAGCCGAAGCCGAAGCCGCCUGUGACCCCUAAGAGUGGGGCGGAGACGCCUGCUAAGGAGGGUGCUACUUCCCCUCCUCAGGAGGAGGAGGACGGCCCAAGUGUUAUCGAGAUGGAUGUAGAUUAA